AAGAUGAGUGGAAGAAACAUGUUUCCUUUUACUGCAACUCAGUGGGAAGAGCUUGAACACCAAGCUUUAAUCUUCAAGUACGUGGUCUCAGGCAUUCCCAUACCACCUGAUCUCCUUUUCUCCAUCAAGAGAAGUUGCUUAAACACCAGGCUUUUCUCUCGCCAGCCUCCUCCUCCUCAUCCACAUGUUGGGUGGAACUGUUUCCAGGUGGGACUGGGGAGAAAAGUGGACCCGGAGCCAGGGAGGUGUAGGAGAACAAAUGGGAAGAAAUGGAGAUGCUCGAAAGAGGCCUAUCCAGAUUCCAAAUUCUGUGAAAGACACAUGCAUAGAGGCAAAAAGCGUUCAAGAAAGCCUGCGGAAGUUUCUACUGGAACAUCAUCAUCAACAAGGGCUAACCCUUCUCUUUCGUUCAUGGAUUACAGGAGGAAUAGUUAUGUUUAUGGGGUGAAAGAAGAGGUUGAUUCACAUGCACAUGCUGUUUUCUCUGGUGCAUCCAUGGACAAUUCAUGGCAACUUACACCAUUAACAACGAGCUCAUCUUCUUCAAAACAGAAUGAAUACUCUUACUUGAAACUUCAAAACAACAAGGACGUCGGAGAAGCUCAAAAGACAGUUCAUCGUUUCAUUGAUGAAUGGCCAUUGAAACAUGGAGAUCCAUGA